AUGGGCAAGUGGGCCAAGUACGCGCGCAACUACAAAAAGGAAUGGGAGAAGGAGCCGGACUUCAAAGACUGGCUAUCGCCAUCCAAUUCAGGCGAUAUGGCCUAUUGCCGAGCAUGCAAGGUGGAAUUGCGGCCCCACGUUCAAGACCUAAAGCUGCACUCCACUAGGGUCAAGCAUGCAAACAACAUGAAGCGUUCCGCUGGUCCAGCAGCGGGGCCUCUGGCAUCGUUUGUGGACAGAAGACCCAGGGAGCCAUGUUCCAGUUCUUCUGACGACCUCAAGGUAGCAGAGCUGCGCUUGGCUGCUCAUUUGGCUGUUCACGGAAGCUUCCUGACGGCGGACCACUUGACGCCCGUGAUCAGAGAGAGGCGCACUUGGGGAGUCUACCUGACAGCCGCGUCGAAGAAGCAAGAUGGCAGAUACCGACGCCUAGAGCUCAACUGGUACGGGCUGCCUUCGCACCUUCAGGACGUCGCUUCCGUGCACCUCUUCAACACCGACCCGCACGUUGCGGCGCGGAACGUCAGCUUCAAUCCGCUCGAAUCGUACCAGGUGACGGGCCGGGACGGACGACGCACCACGUCGGUAGUGUUCCCUCGCUACAACUGGACUAGCCUGACGACCGACGAUUGUCUGGGCUUCUGGGCCGUCCUGUCGACUCCCGAGAGUCCCGUUGCCUCGACGUCCUGCCUGAGGGCGCGACCUCGCUGGAUGCGACAGCACUGUCGCGAAUUGGGCCACCUACGCUUCGUCGACCUCUUCGUGCCGGGCACGCACAACUCCGCCAUGUACGACACGUCCUCACCUGACCACGUGACCAUCUUCGACCACUUGUUGCUCAACCAGGAAGAGACCAUACUGAACCAGCUGCUGUACGGCAUCCGCUCGCUCGACCUGCGCGUCCAGGAAAGCCGCGGGGAGUUUUGGAUCACCCACGACCUCAUCAAGGGACAGCUCACCGUUCGCGACGUGCUCAGGCAGGUGCGCCAGUUCGUCCAGGAGACCGGGGAGCCCGUGCUUCUGGACUUUCACCGCUUCACGACAGGGUUUCGCAAGCGGGACCCGAACCCGCACGAGAAUCACGUCCGCCUCGUGCAGCUCAUCACCGAAGAACUGAGAGGAUUGCUGCUGUUCCGCAACGCGACGAGGGUUCCUCUUGCCGACAUACUGGACGGCUGCAGGGACGUUGCGACCCCGGGUCCCAAGGUGCUGCUGUGCUACAACCAUCCGUACCACGGGCCCGGAGUCGAGCACGUCGGCCAAGGCGUCAAGCACCUUUGGGCGAACACGAAUGACGUGUCGACGCUGCAAAGCUUCCUCGACGAAAAAGUGUGCGAGCCAACGUUCGAUACGCCCACGUCUGCCAUGGCGCAGACGACGGCGCAGCUGCCUUUUCUCAAGAGCAAUCGCAAGAUGGCGCAGGAGGUGAACGCCCAAGUGACGCGCUGGUUCAGGGAUACCUGGUGGCGCUGCGCGAACCUCGUGGCCACCGAUUUCUUCCUCGGCACUGACAUGAUAAACGUCGCCGUAGAUUCAAACUUACGCAGGGUUGGCAAUAGCUGACGUGCGCGCUCCCAUCAGCAUACGUGAAUCGCACGUCGGUCUUCUAAUUGCGCGCGGGUAGUUUUAUACCAUGUCCACCAACGUUCGAAAGGAAUCCUCUCUUCAUCAUUGCAGUGCUUUUUCACAAGUUCACAAACUACUCUUUCCAAAACAGAUACCGGCCUGAGAUGUUUCAACAACGUCCUGUUCACUUCUGUUUAGAUUUGAUAUUUUGUUAUUGCUAUAACUUGAACGCCAAAGAGGUGUUGUAUGUGACAGCCCGACGGACUGUGUCGUGGUGUCGUGUACGACGUCGAAACGGAGCACACGUGACGAUAAUCGACCUUUCAUAACAAACAAGCUAGCUUUGAAGAAAGGAAAAGCUAACAUGAUACAGACGGCAACGACGGACAGCAACACACGGCAAUGACUGACAUUUUGUACAUAAAGCGCACAUUUCGGUCAUUUGCAAACCGCAAGAUAAAGAUUAAUUCAGAUAUGAUUUCCAUCGUCUUCGAAUAAACAUUUAUGCGCCGUGA